AUGGAUGAUGGUGCUCAGGUCGAUGUUAUUUAUACUGACUAUAGCAAAGCGUUCGAUAAAAUAGAUCACAGCAUACUGAAAAUAAAAUUGUUUAACAGUGCCAUAAGGGGGGACUUACUUCGGUGGUUUUCCUCUUAUCUUGAAAAUCGGACUCAGGCUGUAGUUGUCAGUAAUUAUAUUUCUGGCUGGGUUUCUAUCCCCAGCGGCGUGCUCCAGGGUUCCUUAAUGGGUCCAUUGCUUUUUACGAUUUACGUGAAUGACAUCGACUCCUGCUUCCAAAGUUCUAAUCUGCUCUGUUUUGCUGAUGAUAUGAAGAUCUAUUCUGCAAUAUCAUCGGCAAACGAUGUGCAGGCGCUUCAAUCAGACUUAUCACGACUUGAUCACUACUGUCAAUUAAACAAAUUAGAACUAAACCCCGUUAAAUGCUCAGUCGUCACGUUUGGUAGAAAACGGUCACCAAUACUAGCACCAUACGAACUUAAGGGACAAGUAUUGCCAAGACGUGAUGGGGUACGUGACCUUGGUGUUUACCAUGACGCGAAGCUACUGUUCGAUGUGCAUAUUGAGCAAAUUAUUGCUAAAGCUUCCUAA